AAAAGAAGUCGCGGAGCCGUUACAGGAAAGGGGGUCUCUUUUGAACGCUUUAGCUUGAAAUCAGAUGCUCCCUGUGCGGGAUGUGGAGGGAUCAGUGCAGGCGGCGAUGAAUGGAGCUGAGCGCGCAACUUCUCUCCAGUCCUGCCGCUGUUGUUGCUCCUGCUGCUGGAGUUUCCUCUAGGAUUUGCUUCUUGUGACGAGCUGGACUUUACUUCUUCUGCCAACAUGUAUUCAGCAGCAUUGCUACUGAUGCUGGCCAUCAGGAUCUACGCAGAUAGCAUGGAGGGACCAACAGCUGGCUGCACCUUUGAUGAGGACUCGGACCCUGGGCUGUGUGAAUAUCGACAGGGCCAGGAGGAUGACUUUGACUGGCAGCUGAUCAGGACCUACAACUGGCCACAUCCAACUCCGGAUCUUUUGCGAGGGUCCUUCAUGAUGGUGAAUUCUUCGCAGCAUUAUGGUGGCCAAAGGGCUCAGCUCCUUCUGCUCCCGCUCAGUGAGAACGACACUCAUUGCAUCCAGUUCAGCUACUUCCUAUACAGCCGUGAUGGCCACAGCCCCGGGGACCUCCAAGUCUAUGUCCGGGUAAACUCGGGUCCCAAGGGCAGCGCAGUUUGGAAUAUCUCAGGCUCCCAGGGUCGCCAGUGGCACCAGGUGGAGCUUGCUGUGAGCACUUUCUGGCCCAGUGAAUACCAGGUCAUCUUUGAAGCGACUGUUUCUGAGGAGCGGCAGGGUUAUAUUGCCUUGGACGACAUAGUGCUGCUCAAUUACCCCUGUUACAAGGUGGCUCAUUUCUCUCGGCUGGGUGACGUGGAGGUGAAUGCCGGGCAGAAUGCCUCGUUCCAGUGUGUCGCCACGGGAAAAGUCUCUGAGGCCGAGCCCUUCCUGCUGGAGCGGAGAAACGGCGUGCUGCUGGACACGUCCAUGCUGACUCGGUUGAGUCACAAGCGGCUGAUGGCGACUUUCCAGGUGGAGGCACAGCGUGGAGAGCAGGACCUCUACCGCUGCAUCACCCUGUCCCCCAGAGGUGCCGCCGUGUCCAACUUUGGAGAACUAAUCGUCAGAGUGCCACCAACACCGAUUGCACCCCCCCAGCUUUUGCGGGCAGGUCCCACCUAUCUGAUCAUCCAGCUCAACACUAACUCCAUCGUGGGGGAUGGACCGGUCAUUCGGCGGGAAAUCCAGUACCGGGCUAGCCAGUCCACUUGGACAGAGACUCAUGGUGUGGGUUCGCUUACAUACAAGGUCUGGCACCUGGAGCCAGACACAGAGUAUCACAUCAGUGUCCUGCUAACCCGGCCUGGGGAAGGAGGCACCGGAGCACCCGGGCCCCCACUGAUCAGCAGGACAAAGUGUGCAGAGCCCAUGCGUGCCUUGCGUGGUCUGACAGCCACAGAGAUCCAGCCCCGGCAGCUGACCCUCCAGUGGGAGCCACUGGGAUACAACCUCACCCGCUGUCACACCUACACCUUGUCGCUGUGCUACCGCUACUCAAUGCCAACAGGGGGCAGUGGAGGAAACAACGCGACCGUCAGGGAAUGCCUGUCUGUGGAUCGCAACACGUCUCACUUUACCCUGAGAGACCUGCCACCCUUUCGUGCGGUACACGUUCGGCUAGCGCUCGCCAACCCAGAGGGCAAGAAGGAAAGCAGAGAGGUCACCUUUCAGACUGAAGAAGACAUUCCUGGCGGCAUCGCUCCAGAGUCCCUGACCUUCACCCCGCUCGACGACAUGAUAUUCCUCAAGUGGGAGGAACCCGUAGAGCCAAACGGUCUCAUCACACAGUAUGAGAUCAGUUACCAGAGUAUUGAGUCAUCAGAUCCAGGUAUUAAUGUGCCAGGUCCUCGCCGUACAGUGUCCAAGCUGAGAAAUGAGACCUACCACAUGUUCUCCGGCCUCCAUCCUGGAACCACCUACCUGGUGUCUGUCCGGGCCAGAACUGCCAAGGGCUUUGGCCAGACUGCACUCACUGAGAUCACCACCAACAUUUCUGCUCCGGUGUUUGACUAUGAAGACAUCCCUUCUCCACUGAGUGAGUCGGAGAGCACCAUCACCGUGCUGCUGCGCCCAGCCCUGGGGAGAGGGGCUCCUGUCAGUGCCUACCAGGUAGUGGUGGUGGAAGAGGAUGGGUCCCGUCAUGUGAAGAGGAGGGAGCUGGGUACCGUGGACUGUUUCCCUACUCCAAAUUCCCACAACGAGGCUCAGGCCAAAGGGGCUCCACAUUACUACACAGCUGAGCUGGCUCCCAGCAGUCUGCCGGAGGCCACGCCUUUCACAGUGGGUGAUAAUCACACCUACAAUGGCUACUGGAACAGUCCUUUGGACCCAACCAAGAACUACCUCAUCUACUUCCAGGCCACCAGCAACUUCAGAGGGGAGACCAGAAUAAACUGCAUUCGGAUUGCUCGCAAAGCUGCUUGUAAGGAUUCGAAGAGGGCUCUGGAGGUAUCCCAGCAUGCUGAGGACAUGGGCCUGAUCCUGGGAGCCUGCGCCGGCGGCCUCGUGGUCCUCAUUCUACUGCUGGGGGCCAUCGUCAUUAUCGUCAAGAAGGGUAGGAAGAAGGUGGCCAUAAACAAGGCAGCCAUGUCCUACAGGCAGGAGAAGAGUCGGAAGCUGAGCUCUCUGGAUUGCAGCAUGACAGAGCAGAGCACUCUCCAGCAAGAUGAGAGGAUGGCCCACUCCUUCAUGGAUGCCCACGGCUGCAAUGCUCGAAAUGAGCAGCGUAGCUCUGUCAAUGAGUCUAGCAGUUUACUGGGAGGCUCACCCCAACGUCACUGUCGGAGGAAAAGCUCGCCAUAUCACACGGGUCAGCUCCAUCCUGCUGUAAGGGUGGCUGACCUUCUCCAGCACAUCAACCAGAUGAAGACAGCUGAGGGAUAUGGUUUCAAACAAGAGUAUGAGAGUUUUUUCGACGGCUGGGAUGUCACAAAAAAGAAGGACAAGACCAAAGGGAGGCACGAUAGCUUGCUAAGCCAUGACCGUCAUCGAGUCAAGCUCCACUCCCUCCUUGCAGAUCCCAGCUCCGAUUAUGUCAAUGCCAACUACAUAGACGGCUACCAGCGAUCAAACCACUUCAUUGCCACUCAAGGCCCCAAGCAAGAGAUGAUCUACGAUUUCUGGCGGAUGGUUUGGCAGGAGAACUGCUUCAGCAUUGUCAUGAUCACCAAGCUGGUGGAGGUGGGCAGGAUGAAGUGCUGUAAGUAUUGGCCCGAUGACACAGAGCUCUACGGUGACAUCAAGAUAACACUGCUGAAGACUGAAACACUUGCAGAGUACACUGUGCGCACCUUUGCCAUGGAGAGGAGAGGUUACCCUGCCAAACAUGAAGUGUGCCAGUUCCACUUCACCUCUUGGCCUGAGCACGGCGUGCCGUACCACGCUACGGGCCUGUUGGCUUUCCUGCGCCGGGUCAAGGCCUCGACUCCUCCUGAUGCUGGACCUGUGGUGGUCCACUGCAGCAUGGGGGCAGGCAGGACCGGCUGCUACAUCGUUCUAGAUGUCAUGUUGGAUAUGGCUGAGUGUGAAGGAGUGGUGGACAUCUACAACUGUGUUAAGACCCUCUGCUCACGUCGCAUCAACAUGAUCCAGACUGAGGAACAGUAUGUUUUCAUCCACGAUGCCAUUCUGGAGGCUUGCCUGUGUGGAGAGACUGCCAUCCCUGUGACUGAGUUUGCUCUCACUUACAAAGAAAUGCUAAAGGUCGACUCACAGAGCAACAGUUCGCAGCUGAAGGAGGAGUUUCAGACUCUGAACUCUGUGACUCCUCACCUGGAUGUGGAGGAAUGCAGCAUCUCCCUGAUGCCCCGAAACCGUGAGAAGAACCGCAGCAUGGAUGUGCUGCCCCCGGACCGCUCGCUGGCCUUUCUCGUGACCACAGAGGGAGAGAGCAGCAACUACAUCAAUGCAGCGCUCGCAGACAGCUUCCUCCGGCCUGCUGCCUUUGUGGUGACGCCACACCCGCUGCCCGGCACAACCACCGACUUCUGGAGGCUCGUGUAUGACUACGGCUGCACCUCUGUGGUGAUGCUCAAUCAGCUCAACCAGUCCAACUCAGCCUGGGAUCCGGAGAAGACAGAAACACCAGAGCAAGAGACCAUUAAACUCUGUCCUAAGAAGCUUCAGGAGGGCCAGCUUGUUGUGCGUCACUUCCAGUUCCUGCGCUGGUCUCCAUACCGUGAUGUGCCCGACUCCAAGAAAGCCUUCCUUAGCCUUUUGGCUCAGGUUCACAACUGGCAGAGGGAGUGUGGGGAAGGACGCACCAUUGUUCAUUGCCUGAAUGGCGGCGGUCGAAGCGGUACUUUCUGUGCUUGCACCAUGAUCCUGGAAAUGAUUCGACACCACAGCAUGGUGGAUGUGUUCUUUGCUGCCAAAACGCUGCGCAACUCUAAGCCAAACAUGGUGGAGACAAUGGAACAGUACCGGUUCUGCUAUGACCUGGCCCAGGAGUACCUGGACUGUUUGGAAGUCAGAUAGCAUCUAUCCCUUUCAUCUCGUCAAUCCUCAAGUAGACGGUCCAGAUCCUGGACCCUGCAUCUUGGAUCUUUGCUCCUGCCUCCUUAGUCCGUGUAAGCAGCUCUGUUUUUCUCGUUUGCAACGUCUGGAUGAAACAUCGGCCAUAAAGGCUGAUAGAGAAAGUUCCCGGGAAAAUUUGUAAUAUACUACUGACACCCUUCUUGGCUUUUCCUCUGCGCGCUGAUCCAACCCGUACUCUUUUUUUUUUUGCCACUCUACAUCUGCCAAAAUGUGGAACACUACAGGAGUGGAGUUUACUUUAUAAAACCACUGUCAACACAAGCCGGACUACCUGUUGUACAACUCACUGACUGGAUACAAAGAUCUCUGCUGUAUCCUGCCUUACUAUGAACGCUGAACACUGAUAGGCCAGGCACUGGAUGAUAUUUUGUGUUUGUUUGUAACAUUGUAAAUGGUGCAAUCUGCUGUUGGUGAACAUCCCAUGUUGUACUAUAUUAUAUUUGAAUUUAUCGUGGGUGGGGCUGAUGGUCAAAGGGUUACGUGAGGCUGAGCUGGAAAGAGGUCGGUCACAUCCAAUGGACAUAUCUGUACAGUGAAGUUGUGUUGGACCUAAUUUCUCUUUAUUUAUUCUUUGUGUAUAUAGAUAUUUCUUUUCCUUCCCUCGGGUGUUUCUAGAUGUUCUUAACGUCUCUCAGUGUGCCAAUCCAUUCUCUCUGUGUCUGUAAAAGGGGUAGGGUUCAACAUCUGCAUGCCCAGUCUUAAGUGUUCCAUUGCAGUGUGUGGCCCAAGUCUGCUUUAGGGUGGGUUCUGCAAAAACGAAUCCCUCUGCUAGUCCUGAGAGAGCUCCAUAAAAGUAACCAUGUGUUGCUGUGAGAAUACAGUGAAAAUCUGUCGCUUUCUAAAUUUGUAUUUAUUCAAUGUGUUUUCUUUUGAAAAUAGUGUAUAAAAGAGGAAAAGAAAUAAAAUAUGCUGUUGCCGCAU